GCGCGCGCAUUUGCAAUCGGUUUAGCAUUCGUAUCCGUGGCGCACGUGGUUAUUUGAAUCUGUGAGUGGCGCGAGCAGUCUCUCCGCGCGCCUUUUUUUUUUUUGCCAAAAUGGGAGACGUGUUUUGUCUCGUCAUACUACAAAGCGGCAACAGACGAAAGCUGAAGCUGACGACUGGAACCCACGUCGAGCUGCUGGAAAAACUGGCCGGAAUCGUGGAAUUUGAUUCUGAAAACACCCUGAUCCAAAUAUUCGAUGCUGACCUGGACGACUUUGUAGACCUUUUGCCUGGAGAUCCAAUUCCAAACAAAGCAAAGCUGCGCGCUUUUUCAAGAAGCGCUUCGACCAUAUGUGGUGUACCAGUGACUACCUGUGGUUACAACGCUCCACCCGCAUGUCCACCUCCUCAGGCCUCCUGUGCAAGCGAGACAGCUUCAGUCCAUGGCAAAGGUGAUGUUUCACUGCAAGCAUGUGAUGCUAUGGAAAUUCAAGAAACUGCUGACUACACUAUGGAAACAUCAGAACCAGUGCUUUUCAUUGAAAUACCUAGGUUGUCUGUGACCUCGUCCGAUGCUGCUGUACAGACCAUUGCAGUGGUUGAACGUGAUACAUCUGGGGUGCCUGGUGGCACAGCUGUGAAGCUCCCGCAGGUUCAAGACGAACCGAGUGCCUUGCAGCCCGACAGGUCGGUGAACACCAUAGAUGUGGCGUCAUCAAACAGCACCGCACCCAGCCCUAUCGUGAAGUGUAACCGUGACGACUGUCUCAAGUUUGUGCUUCCUCCUUCCUUUGGCAUCUCGUGCGACACCUUCUUGGAGAACAAGCGGCCGGUCACCGCGAAAGUCAGGAGGCACAUCGUUUCAGUCCUUUUUAAGGCGUGCUGCAAAAUGACUCUAUAUCCGACAAAUAGACUGUACAGUAGAGUACUGGACUCGUUGGUGUCAAAGUACCCACACGUGAUGGAAGGAAAGUAUGACAGGCGUCGCUGGUCGAUCGCCCUGAAGAGCCGGUUUAAAACUGCACAGCAAAAACUUCCAGAGUCUUCAGCUGCUGUGGGUGAAGUGAAAAAAAGGUGUGGACUCAAACGGAUGCUGGCUGAUGCCGAUGGAGAGCAUGCCUAUGCUGAUGGACAGCACAUGCCUGCAAGCCAGAAGUCUCCUCUGAGUUCAUCAACCGACUUGCAUAUGAGCCAGGACAAGCCAAGCCUGCAGGAGUCUGGUGGGCCUGAUGACACGUCUUCUCAACCCUUCGGGGCUGAAAAUUUUCACACAUUCGAAACCACGCCUUCGGACUCUGUGGAGUCGUGCUCUGCAUCAGACCCGGCUGUGUCUCUAGCAGAGAGUAACCAGCCAGAAGAAGAGUUGUUUGAUUGUCCGGACUAUCACGACGCCGUCUUGGAGGAUGUCACUGUUUCCGAGCUACUUGGAAUGUGCACCGACGAAGCAGCCUCAGAAACUCUGAUGGCAGAACAAGAUGGUCAAGCUUCCCCAGACAAACAAGAAAAUUGCGACAAACCAGCAGAGGAACCAGAGGAAGUCGGGUACAACACAAGAGGGCAAGUUUCCCCAGACAAAAGAAAAAGUUCAGACAAGCCAGCAGAGGAAGUCAGCCGUCAAGAGGAGCCGCCAGAGGAGCAAGUGGAGGUGCCCGACUGUGAGCCUGACAGCGGACCUGACUGUGAACCUGACAGCGGACCUGACUAUGAGCCUGACAGCGGAGCUGACUGUGAAGAGUUCAAGUUGCCUUCAUUUGGCAUUUUUGAUGAUAUGCUCCGGAUCCAGGUGCCAGUCAACACCCUGAUGCAGCGUCACAUCAUUUCCAAGCUUUUUGAUACUCUCUGCAAGAUUACUGUGUACCCAUCAACAUAUCAAUACGAUGCAGCCGUGGACAGCCUGUUAGAGAAGUACCCGCACCUGUCAAGCAUCAAGGGAAAGAAGGGAAAGGUAAAGAAAGGAAAGAAGUUUUGGAGGACUGCACUAAAGGCAAAGUUCUACACCUUUCGACACACAGUGGCAGGCAGUGUGUGGAACACACGCCAGGCUAAGAGCAAGUACGCUGAGGAGCUUAGGCAACAACGGGAUAACGAAAGUGCACAACAUACCUCUCGACCUCUGUACAUUGAUUUACGCCUGUCGGAAGACGAGGACAAAGCAUGCCAACAAGGUAAAUCCGAAGCUUCUACAGUUGCAGAGAACAUGGACUACCACAAGCAAGCGCUGCUCGCCAAGGCGAGGCAUGUCGCUGUUCGCGAGAUGACAGUGGAGAAGGCCAUUUCGACUUUUCCCGUGUACAGGAAAGAGUCAUCCCUGCUUGGAGAGUUCAAGAUUCUAUGGAGGACUGACAUUGCUGACUGCUUUGAGAAGGGCAUCAAGAAGCUGUUCCUCAUACUCAUGAACUGUGGCACAAGUGAAGAAAUCAAGGCAAUGUCUAAGCCUGGAAACGACAUUCUCAUGGUGGUGCUGAAGGCCAUUGCCAGGAGAUGCGGGGAGAGGCUGGGUUCUCUCUUGAUCGAGGGCAAUGCGCUGCCGACACCCUGCCUCGUCACACACGUCGACAAGAGCGUCGACGUGUUCGUCAAUGGUGUCCGCCUGUUCACCGCAUCGUCUCUGCUUGGGGGCCUCUGCGCGCUGUUUGCGUCUUUCUGGGUGUUCCAUAUCGAGUACUCCAGGCAUGCGAAGGGCAUCUUGACAUUUCUGGAGCACGCCUUUCUCUACUUCAACUACACCACGCCACACAACAAAUGUAGACGGUUCAUUAAUUUGUACAAAAGGUCAUCAUCGUAGUGUGCGUUUGUUGUCGAGUGCAACCAGAGGGGAGCAUACUGUGUUGGUGGUGCCCCAGUACUUUGGAGAAGUUCAUUCUUAAACAUUUAGUCAUUGCAAUAAGCACUACUUGCAGGUUAGAGAUCUCCCGGUCCACUUGAACAUGAUUUCAUGCUAGGGGUAGACUGGUCGUCAUGGAAUGGUAACAACCAAAGAACCAUGGCAAGUUGUGUAACUCAACACAACUGCAAUUUUCAACUAGUGUGAAUCCAGUAACAGACCAGAUGAACAUAACAGAUGGGGCAGUGUGGUGUGUUACUUGCGGUUGGUAUCUCAAAGUUUCUUCAUUUCUGCAGUGUUAAGUUGAAAGUGUUUCAUGCAUAACCAGCAGUCUAAGAUCAAUAAGAAUGGGCAAAUUAAGGUUUCUUGCUAGAAGCACAAUUGCUUGAAUUGCUGUUUAUUGAAGGUAACCAAUAGUGUUGUGCAGACUUGCAGUUGUACAAGGACAAUCAAUAAGAGGCAGAAAUAAUAAAAUGUUGUGUGUUCCUUAUUCAUUGUCUUUGUCUUAAUGCACUGCUUUAAAACUGUGUUGAUUGCAGUCAAUGCCUCAAUUUACAUUGUAUGUUAACCUUGCCCUUGUUCAAAAUUUGUGCUGAGCGAGUUUUAGUUUCUUAUUCAUUCAACAAGGUAACAUUCAACCAAUGUGAGCAGCACACCUGCACAUGGAUACGUUGUCACGAGUGCCUUGAAAAACUUCUCACUUGCUGUUUUGAAAAAUGGUGCUUAUCAGUGGCGUAUAUCUUAACAUAGUCAGCAUGGACUGCCUUCAACCUCAAAGAGGACAGUGGCAUCUCCGCUGACUAGAGUCUAAGCAAGUGUUCUGAAGUUGAACUGUCUGUUGGAACCUGUGAUACCUUGUCAUUUGGUGCUGGCAAAAGGCAAGAGAUAACCUGCCAGCACAAAAACAAUGCGUACUCCAUGUUAAUAUGCAGGAUGUUGCUUACACCAUUUUGUUGUAUUGUUUAUGGUGUAUAUAUAUUUUUGUAGAACUCUUGUUUACAGAUAACAGCAAAAAUGCAGAAUAAGCUAUUGCAUCUUUGACAGGUCAUGUUAUAGUGAUACACCAAGUCUGCAAAUGUCUUUUAGGAUAGAAAGAAGCUUUUAUUUCAAUACUAAGUAAUCUCCAGUGCAUAUUACGAAGGCUGGAAACUUAUGUUCUAGCCAGCUUAUUCUCACAGUAUCGAGCUGAAUUUCCCAAUUUUAUAGUGAUGCAACUGAUCUGCGACUGAGAAUAAACUUCAGCUGUUUGUUGUCUUUU